AUGAGGGCCGUGGCCGGACAGAGGGGCGUGGCCGGGACGAGGGGCGUGGCCAAAAGCGCUGUGGGCGGGGCGACGCGGGGGCGGUGCGCGAGUCGGCAAGAUGGCGCCGUGCGUGCUGCGCAGUGUGGCGUGUGGAGCGGCGGCGGUGCUGCCCAGGCUUGUCCUAUAAGAAUCGGAAGGAAAAGGAACCCUGGUUUUCCAGCUGGAACUGUAGGACUGGACGGGGGCUUCAGGAAGGCACCUCCACCAGCCGCCGUGUCCAGGUGUGGCUACAGUUCCUCUCCUGCUCACAAGUACACCCCCCGGAGGGCCGUGCUCUACAUACCUGGAAAUGAUGAGAAGAAAAUAAAGAAGAUUCCAACCUUGAAUGUAGACUGUGCGGUGCUUGACUGUGAGGAUGGGGUGGCAGCGAACAGAAAGAGUGAAGCGCGACUGAGAAUAGUAAAAACUCUUGAAGACUUUGACCUGGGCCCCACAGAAAAGUGCGUGCGAAUCAACUCCGUGUCCAGCGGCCUGGCCGAAGAGGACCUGGAGGCGCUUCUGCAGUCCCGGGUCCUGCCCUCCAGCCUGAUGCUGCCCAAGGUGGAAAGUCCUGAGGACAUCCAGUGGUUUUCAGACAAAUUUUCGUUCUACUUAAAAGGCCGAAAACUUGAACAACCAAUGAAUUUAAUCCCUUUUGUGGAAACUGCCAUGGGUUUACUCAAUUUUAAGGCGGUGUGUGAAGAAGCAGUGAGGACCGGGCCUCCAGCAGGUCUUUUUCUAGAUGCAGUCGUUUUUGGAGGAGAAGACUUCCGAGCCAGCAUAGGUGCAACAAGUAGUAAGGGAAGCCAAGACAUUCUCUAUGCCCGACAGAAGAUCGUGGUGGUAGCCAAGGCCUUUGGCCUGCAGGCCGUCGACCUGGUGUACAUCGACUAUCGGGACGAAGAGGGGCUUCUAAGGCAGUCACGAGAAGGCGCCGCCAUGGGAUUCACUGGUAAGCAGGUGAUCCACCCAAACCAAAUUGCAGUGGUCCAGGCCCAGUUUACUCCUUCUCCUGAAAAAAUUAAGUGGGCUGAAGAGCUGAUCGCUGCCUUUAAAGAACAUCAACACUUAGGAAAGGGAGCCUUUACUUUCCAAGGGAGUAUGAUCGACAUGCCUUUACUGAAGCAAGCCCAGAACAUUGUUACGCUUGCCACAUCCAUCAAGGAAAAAUGAUCUGUUAAAUGAAGCUCUCAUCAGGUGGGCUGAACAUAUACAGCGGGCUUCUUAAAAGACAAACCCUAAUACUCCAAGCGACUUGUUAGUAUGCCAGGUUGGAGCCUUUCUCCCUCACAACUCAUGUAAAUCACUUUUUGUUGUUUCUCCUCUCACUGGCCGGCUACUUCUCCAAACAUGAAGUCCUUCUUUUUGGUUCCAAGCUUACGAUUGUACCGUUCAUGAACGUGUUAUAGAUACUGACGCAUGAUUUCACGGGGAGAUAGGGUGGUGGGGGAAUCACGGGCUGCCAGGGGGAGUGGGUCAUAAAGCAGAUCUCCCCCAAAUCCAUGCCCUCCCUUCGCCCUGCUAACGCUAGUAAAUGUCUCCUAUGUCGUUCAUUUGUGUGAUCAACACCACAAAUUAUUUUCAGAAAAGCCAGGCUUUUAAAAAAAAUCAUCACUAAACAAAGGGGUCAGGUUUAUUUCACGAGGAAUCUGAUUACACAGGCGAAAGGCAUAGGGAAAGUGGCGUACCAGAGUGGGUUGUAAAGAUAGUGUCUAAAAAUAAAUCCUCAAAACUGAUUACUUUGAAGCCCGCCCCCCAAAGCGAAGCCUCCUUCGCCCAGACGGAAACCCUGAACGACUUCAUCCUGGAAGACCUUGGGUCAAUACCAGCCGUUCAAACCGCUAUAUGCGGAAAUGCAAGACCAUCCCUGCUCCCCCUGCUUCACUCUGCCACGGAGGCCGCUCUCCACCCCCCUGUCAAAGCGCGGCCGGGACAGGGCCGGGAGCGAUAAACUUGUAGCCUCUGAGAAGACACAGGCCGGCGGGGCCCGGCAGAGGGUCCCCUCCGAGAUUUGCAUCCCAUUAGAGAUGCAGCUCCAGGUCAUCUGGGUGGUGUGGUUAACGGGCUUAGUGAAGCUGUUUUGAAGAGGUGAACCCAGCUUGCGGGAAGGGUAAAUAAACAUAACAACCAGCCAUUCU